AAUUAGAUAGCCAUCGGAGAUGCUCUAACCUAGCUAGUUGUCAAGCUAGUAGGUUGAACUUGCUUUGCUCACUCUCAAAUUUCUUAUAUAAACCCACAUAUCCUCUGUCUAGUUUCCUCAUUCCAUAAAAUAUUUUACACAAUAACUCCAUACAACAAUUAAGGCUAACUUAAAAAUGAGCACCCUUGGACCAAUCUUGGCCAUUCUCGUGGUGGCGGUUGCUUGUAUGUCAACCACCUUAUUAGUUACAGCUCAAAACUGUGGUUGUGCCUCUGGUUUCUGCUGCAGUAAAUUUGGUUACUGCGGUAAAACAGCUGAAUACUGCGGUGAAGGGUGCAAACAAGGCCCUUGCACUUCUGGUUCAACUCCUACCACCCCAAGUGGUGGUGGUGGUGGUGGUGGUUCGGUGUCGAGUUUGGUGACAGAGUCGUUCUUUAAUGGGAUUGUUAACCAAGCAGCAUCAAACUGUGCUGGUAAAAACUUCUACACAAGGUCUGCUUUCUUGAAUGCUCUAAAUAGUUAUCCUCAGUUCGGUACUGGUGGAUCUGCUGAUGUUACUAAGCGUGAAGUUGCUGCUAUGUUUGCUCAUUACACCCAUGAAACUGGACACUUUUGCUAUAAAGAGGAGAUUAUGAAAUCAGCAUACUGUCAACCGAGUGCACAAUAUCCAUGUAAUCCAAGCAAGCAAUACUAUGGCAGAGGACCAAUUCAAAUAUCAUGGAAUUACAACUACAUACCAGCUGGUAAAAGCAUUGGAUUUGACGGUUUAAAUGCACCAGAAACAGUUGCAAAUGAUGCUGUUGUUGCAUUCAAAACAGGAUUCUGGUUUUGGAUGAACAAUGUUCAUUCUAAGAUUAACCAAGGUUUUGGUGCUACCAUUCGAGCUAUCAAUGGAAUCGAAUGUGGUGGUGGAAACACAGCUGCUGUAAAUGCUCGUAUUAAUUACUAUAAAAGUUACUGUAAUCAGCUUGGUGUUUCACCCGGGGAUAACCUUUCUUGCUAAGGGAAUAUGUAAAGAUGGCCAUGGGCUGGGCCACCCGAGGCAAGGCCCGGCCUGACCCGUUACAAAAAAAAAAGAAAGUAGAAUAUGAACUAAGGGUUAUGUGUAGCUACUUCUUCUCAAUUAUGCAAAAUAAGUGUACACUCGAUUUUAAGAUCGUGCAUUGCAAGGGCUGGAAAUUAAAUAAAUGAACAAUAAGAGCUGAGUGUAGGGAUUAAGGAGUU